GAAAGAAAGAUGUUUUUCGCAAAAUCUUCAUCGCUUUUAAUUUGCUUCACCUUGUUUUUAAUUCAACCAAGUGAUCAAGCGAACAUUUUAUCAAAUUUUGGUGGCUCAUUGAAAAAUAUAUUUGGCAAAGUCACCCAGAGAAUAGGAAAUGUUUUUGGCGCUGUAACGAGUACAUUCCAAAGUCCCAUGACUAAGGCAAUGCGUACCGCAAAGACGAAUGAGUUCAUCGAAUACUAUGGAUAUCUCGCCGAAGUACAUAAUGUUGUCACUGAAGACGGUUAUAUAUUAACUAUUUUUCGAUGCAAUUCAAAACGCCAAACGUUCGGCGAAAAGAAAGUGGUUGUACUCCAACAUGGUUUUACACCGUCAUCAGAUGACUUUGUCAUGGCCAGACAAUCGCUAGCUUAUGUUCUGGCGGACGCAGGAUACGAUGUUUGGUUGCCGAAUUCACGCGGAAACUUUUAUUCAAGAAAGCAUACCACUCUGAGUACCAAACAAUCGGAAUUUUGGGAUUUUUCAUACUACGAAGUCGGAGUCUACGAUUAUCCUGCCAUUUUAAAUUACAUCAUGAAUGCGACGAAAAGGUCCAGUGUAUACGUUGCUGCCCACUCAAUGGGCACAACUGCAAUGAUGAUUCUUUUGUCCGAAAGACCCGAAUAUAAUAAUUUCAUACGCGCUGCAAGUUUUUUGGCACCGGUCGGGUAUUUUAAGCACCCGGACCCAGUUCUACAUGCCUUAUCAAGGUUUCGUGCUGUUGUAGAGCCAUUCAAGCAUAAGGAACUCUAUCCAAGGCGUGUUUCUCGAAGCACGACGUGGUUUUGUGAUAUGGGCUUGGAAAAUGUUUGCAACGACAUUCUUGACAUUGUCACGGGACAAAGUGAACAUCAAAGAGAUAAAAAAAUGGUACCAACAUUUGUAGCACACACCCCAAGUGGAACUUCAGUUAAAAUAUUAUUGCAUUAUGCUCAAGCAAUUCGAUACGGAAAUUUUGGAAAAUUUAUGGUCGAUUCAAGCGUAACACCGAACUUUGAAUUGGGACGAAUCAGAGCACCAAUCAUGACGAUACAUUCAACUACCGACAGAUUUGCAACUCCGCAAGAUGUUGAUUACAUAAUGAGCAUGAUCAAUAAUAGCAUGAAAUAUGUUCAUUUAAUAAAUGACACGGAAUUUAAUCACAUCGAUUUUUUGUGGGGCAUUGAUGCUCCACAACUUGUUUAUUCGAAAAUUUUGCGCGCAUUGUCAAGUAGU